GCAGAGAGUUUACUGGAAUACUAAAACAGACCAGUCUGGAAAAAGACAGGCAGUGAAGUACUUGUUUGGAAAACUUUUCUGUGUUCAGCUAAAUUUGGAUCCAGCUUUAAGAUCUCAAAGUAUCAACAAGGUUUAACGAAACUACUUUUAAGGUUCUGCUGAACACACAGUAGGAUGCAGGAACCAGAAGUGUCAACAGUAACACCAUCUGGAACAAUACAGCACAAAAACAAGACAUUGCCUUCCAGCGAUCACGUGGACAAUGUCUGGGACGCCGGUCCGGAAUGUUCAAUCUGCUUCAGUGAAUACGACAAUACUUUCAAGACACCAAAGCUUCUUGACUGUACCCAUACCUUCUGUCUGGAAUGUCUUGCGCGCUUUGUGGUUAUUUCACCAGAGCAGUCGGGCACCCUGAUCACUUGCCCCCUUUGUCGCCAGCCAACGUCUGUGCCUGCACAUGGUCCUCCAGAUCUGGUCACAAGCCAGGAAGUUUUGGGUCAACUCCCAAGUCACCAGCAACAAGUGGAGAAAGUUUUCCUAGAUGGAAAGAGACUGUGCUACUCAAACCCAAUGAUACCCAACUGCAUCUGUAUUGACAUCAGCGGGAAUAAACCGGAGGAGAAUGAGAGGAUAGAGGAUAGAAGAGACGGUUGUUGGAGCAGGAUGCUGCGAUUUAUGGGAUUUUAUGGUAACUGGAAGAGGCUGGUGCUCUUCACUGUGAUUCUUCUUGUGCUGUUCUUUGUGGUACUGUGGCCUGUCCAGUGCUUUUUCACAAAAGGCCACAUGUCAGUAUGUUUCCGGAACACAUCAAUGAAUCCAACUCCAUUCAAUACCACACCUUCAAAUGGUUCAUAAGACACAUAUAGGUAUACACAGCAAUGUUGUGAAACAGAGAAGGUUAUCUUUCAUGAAAACCUGGAUGCUGUUUGAAUAUCACAAAUCUUGAAUAACUUUCAGGUAGAAUUGGUUUCAGCAAAGGCAAAAUACUUUGUUGGUAAGUUGUGAAAAGAAUGCACUAGAGGUCACAACAUGCCCACAAUAUUUACAGCUUGAUAUAUCAGUAAAAACCCUUUAAGUUAAAGGUGAUGUGUUAUUUUUUUUUAGCGCCACAAGCGGCACCAAACAGAAAUGAAAAAAUAAUGGCUUGGGGUUUCAGACCGCUCCGCCCUCUUCUGCCAUUGUUUGGACAAAAAGAUAGUCCCACCCCAAACCCAGUCAUUAGUUGAGUUCAUGUUGCCAGGUUUGGUUGGUCAGGAUGCACUAAACAAACAGAGCAAUGUUUUGAAAGCACCACAGAGCCAUUUUUAUUUUUUUUUUUUAUCAUUUUGGGGAAACCAGCUUACGAAUGGCUCACAUAUAGUACAAGACUUUGAUAUUAAAUUUCUCAUUUGAAAAAGUGAAAGCAAAAAUAUUUGUUUGCAAUUUCAUUUAUGUAACAUGCUUCCCAUAUUCCAUUGUAAAUGUUCAAAAUGUAUUUAUGUGUUUAAAACAGAUUAACAAAAUUGACUCUAAGGUUUAAUAAUUGACAAUAUUUUUUUUUAAUUAUUCAACAUCCUAUAUAGAGAUUGUCUUGGCUAAAGCUCCAUAAUAGUGCCUGCUGUAAAAUACAAAAAUAUGCCAUUUAUUUUGUAUUUUUGUAUGCUCACAAAUUAUUGAUGUGAAUUUUGAUUACAGUAAGCACUUUACCAAAUGGCAUUUGUUUUUAAAUUGUGGUAUUAUUAAUAAUUUCCAGAAUUCUCUUUUUCUUUUGUAGCAUUUGAAAUAGAUAGAUA